GUAUGCAGAAAACAACGAGAGAAACAAGUUAAUUCUUAAAUUCAGAGGUAUACGUUUCGUGUGGACAACUGAAAGAAUGAAGCAAUUUUUAUUUUUGGUAAUACUAUCGAUUUUGGUGUUUGACGAGUUAUCCAUCAAAGGGGCUAUGGGGCAAAUCAGCUAUGAAACACUUGUCACUGCGUUUGAUACCAAAGCCAAAGAAACCUUGAUUCGAGAAAGAAAUAAUUUAGAUCCAUAUUUCAAGGGGAAAAGAAUUAAUUGGAAAUCAGGAUUGGCACCUUUGUUCACAUUCUGUAAACCAAAGGACUUCGAUAUGUUUAAAAGCAUGUUGAACUCAAUAAGUUGCCAUUUCGGAAAAACGAACGCGAUACAAAGAGUAUGCGAAGACAUAAGAUCUCAUUUUCCAAAUCUCUUAAGCGCUUCAGAAAUCCCACCUGAAGCCGAAUUCACGUACCAAUAUUGGCGAAACGAAGCGAUUAGUCAGGAACAUCUCAAGAAAGUUGCUAAUAAAUUGAAAGAAUUGCAUGAUUGUCAUAGAGCAUUUUUCAAUACAUUUGAAUCGAAAAUGACGAGUAUUUUGAAUAGAAAGUCAAAAAAAGUUUUGGCAACUCUUACUGAAGCAAAAUUGAAGUUAAUGGAAUACGAUACUCAACGAGAUAAGUGGGCAAAUUUCUUAUUAGGCAUUUUGGCAGACAUUUAGACCCAUUAGAAAGUCAAUUUAAAUGAAUUUAUUAUACCAUUUGAAUUGAAGUUUGAUAAAAGAUCGAAAAAUCAUUGAAAUAAAAUUUCCUAACAUGAAUCCCGACUGUAAUGUUUGAGAAAUUAAAUGAAUAAACUUUCAAUAAAGAUAUUAAUAAAAAUAUCAUAA